CAGCUGCCGGAAGAACUGCUGCUGCUCUGGCAUGCUCACAGAGCGGAAGUCAUCCUCUCGGCGGGAGUGCUGCUGGCCAUCGUGCGCUUGGCUCUGCACUGGAGAAGGAGGAAAGCCGAAGUAGUCCUCACUCCAUUGGCCUCCCCAGUAGACGAGAAAAAGGCCAAGGCAUUUCCCGAGACGCAACGUGUCGAGAAAGCGGCAGUCCGAGAUGAAGCACAAGUCAAGAUCCAGACCAAGGCGAAGGGCCCGAAAAGAGUCAAGGGAAUCCGCAGUGUGAAGGCCAAGCAGAAUGAAGCACCAGCAUUCGAUCGCAUACAGCCAUAUGUCUUUUACUUCUCUCUGGGCGGAUCCACAAGAGCAUAUGCCGAGACUCUGGCCUCGAAUUUGCCUGGACAAGCGAAGAUACUACCCCCAGUAGUAUAUGACCUGACCGACAUCGACUACGACGACUUCUUCAUUUCUCCUCCCAAACAAGAAUCCUCUUCCACAGCCGCCUUCUAUACCAUCCUCAUCCCAAGCUAUAACAUCGAUACCGAGCUCACAAACUUUAUCGAUCAUCUGAAAGAGACUCAUCAUGACUUCCGAAUCGACACGGCUCCACUGUCUGCCUUGGCAGGUUACAGCGUGUUUGGCAUUGGAGACCGUGUAGAGUGGCCGACUGAAGAGCAGGGAUAUUGCACUCAGGCAAUUGAGAUUGACAGAUGGAUGGCGAAGCUGACAGCCCGAAAGAGGGCCUUUCCCCUGGGCCAAGGAGAUGCGAAGGGAGACGACCUGGAACUACGGCUAGAAGAGUGGUCAAGAGGUGUGCAAAACAUCAUGCAAGAUCUAAGCGAGGGCAAAGGUCUGGGAGAAGGCGCACCAGGGAGCGGAGAAGCUCUAGAAAGCGGCGAUGAGGCAGACGAUGGCGAUGAAGGGGAGACUCUGGUCCCACGUAAAGGCGAUGCAGCUGAUCUCGAAGACAUGAAAGCACCAAUUCCUGUGGACUUCACUACCACAAGCAAGAAGUCUGGCUCGCCUGCAGAACCAAAGGCAAUGGUACCUGUCACCUCCCCCACCUACACAUCUCUCACAAAGCAAGGCUACACUAUUGUGGGCACACAUUCCGGCGUCAAGACGUGUCGAUGGACCAAGUCGGCCCUCCGUGGUCGCGGCUCGUGCUACAAAUUCUCCUUCUACGGCAUCAACUCACACCAAUGCAUGGAAGCCACACCGUCACUCUCAUGCAGCAACAAAUGCGUCUUCUGCUGGCGACAUGGCACCAAUCCUGUUGGCACGACUUGGCGAUGGCAGGUGGACGAGCCCGAUCUCAUCUUUGACGGCAUCAAAGCUGGCCACUACCAGAAAAUCAAGCAGAUGAGAGGUGUGCCAGGAGUGCGUGCUGAGCGAUUUGCGGAAGCUAUGCGCAUUCGACAUUGUGCUCUGUCAUUGGUUGGCGAACCAAUCUUCUAUCCUCACAUUAACCAGCUGCUUGCCAUGUUACACGCAGAGCACAUAUCUUCCUUCCUAGUGUGCAAUGCUCAGCAUCCUGACCAAUUAGCCACACUCGGCCCAGUGACCCAGCUAUACGUCUCGAUCGAUGCCUCAAACAAAGAGACCCUCCGCAAGAUCGACCGACCACUUCAUCGCGACUUCUGGGAACGCUUCAUCCGCUGCAUGGACAUUUUGCGGGAGAAGCGCUUCACACAUCGCACUGUCUUCCGAUUGACACUAGUCAAAGGCUUCAACGUAGACGAAGAAGCGAAAGGCUACGCUGACCUCGUCGAACGAGCACUACCCGGCUUCGUAGAAGUCAAAGGCGUGACCUACUGCGGCACUUCCACAGCAGCCGGAGCUGGACUCAGCAUGCAGAACGUACCUUUUUACGAAGAAGUUGCCGCUUUCGUGGUAGCACUAGAAAAGGAGCUCAACCAAAGAGGCCUAGAGUAUGGCAUCGCCGCCGAGCAUGCGCAUUCUUGUUGCAUCCUGCUCGCCGACAGAAAUCGCUUCUUCAAGGCGAGUAUGGUAGAUGGCAUCAAGCGUUGGCAUACUAUCAUCGACUACCCGGCUUUCUUCCGAUGCCUCGAGAGUGGCAAACCUUUCGCGCCAGAAGAUUACGUUGGCGAGGCUACGCCGGAAUGGGCGCUUUGGGGUAAUGGUGGCUUCGACCCGAGGGAUGAGAGGGUUGAUCGCAAAGGACGG